AUGGCUAUUCAAGUUUCAUCCCAUAGCUUCACCGGCCAACCCAAAUACAGAUUUGAUGUUUUUCUGAGUUUCAGAGGCGAAGAUACUCGCCACUCCUUCACUGUGCCUCUCUACGAUGCUUUGCGGCGUAAGGGAAUCAACGCCUUCAUUGACGACAAGAAGCUCGGCAAAGGCGAACGGAUCGUACCUGCGCUUCUUAAAGCCAUUGAGAGAUCGAGGAUUUCCAUUAUUGUCUUCUCCAGCAACUACGCUACGUCUACAUGGUGCCUUGAUGAACUAGCGCACAUCAUGUGGUGUAAGAAUGAGAAGAACCAGCUGGUUAUGCCUAUCUUUUACAAGGUGGAUCCAAUGGCUGUUCAGUAUCAAAAAGACAGCUUUGAAGCAGCCAUGGCUGCUCAUGAAGAUACAUUCAGAGAUCACCCAGAGAAAGUGCAGAAAUGGAAGUCUGCUUUGUCUGAAGCAGCUUCUUUGUCAAAGGCCUGGCUUUUUGAAGAUGGAUACGAAAUUGGGUUUAUAGAGAGGAUUGUUAAAGAUGCAUGUGCUGUGCUGCCUCCCAAACACUUACAUAGCAUUGGGUACACGGUUGGACUCGAGCGUCGUGUGGAAGAAGUGAUUUCACUUUUAAAUCAAUCCGAUGAGAGAGUUUGUAUGUUGGGGAUCCAUGGGAUUGGCGGAAUUGGCAAAACGACCCUUGCAAAAUCCGUAUAUAAUUCAAUAUUCUACCAAUUUGAGGGUGCAUGCUUUUUGUCUGAUGUCAAAGAAGCAUCAAAAAAAUACCAAGGCAUAGUUUGUCUACAACAGAAACUUCUAUCAGAGAUUCUUGAGGAGAAGAUUAUGAAGAUUGGGAGUGUUGAUAAAGGAAUAUCAAGAAUAAAACAUAGGCUUUCUAAGAAGAAGGUUCUAUUGGUCCUUGAUGAUGUUGAUGAGGCUGAACAGUUAGAACAACUUGCAGGGCAGUGUGAUUGGUUUGGCUGUGAAAGCAGAGUCAUUAUAACAACAAGAAAUAAGCAAGUGCUAAUUGCACGUAAUGUUGAAAAAACAUAUGAAAUGAUCAAGCUGAAUGAGUAUGACUCUUGUGAGCUCUUUUGUUGGUAUGCCUUCCAUAUGAACCAACCUCCGAAAACCUAUCAAGAAAUGUUUAGUUGUGUGAUAAGUUAUGCACAGGGCCUUCCUUUAGCAUUAAGAGUAAUAGGCUCCAAUUUGGCAAAUAAAAACUUAGAGGAAUGGAGUUCUAUAUUGGAACAAUAUGAGGGGAUCCAGGAAAGAACAAUUCAUGAUAUCCUAAAGAUAAGCUAUGAUUGCUUACAAGCUGGUGCUAAGCGUAUUUUCCUGGAUAUUGCUUGUUUUACGGAUAAGGAGAUGUUGGGAUCUAUUAAAGAUAUUGCUCGUUUUACUAAUAAGGAGGUGUUGGGAUCUAUUAAAGAAAGCAUACAAGCCUGCGAUUUUGGUGAUAGGUUUUGUCUUGAAGUUCUUGUUGAUAAAUCUUUGAUAACUUUAGCUGCUGCUGGUGAUUAUAUUAUCAUGCAUGAUCUAAUACGACAAAUGGGAAGAGAGAUCGUAAGACAAGAGGCACCAUUAAAUCCUGAAAAGCGUAGCAGGCUAUGGUAUUACGAAGAUGUUCUUAAAGGAUGCAAUAAUAAUGAAGGAAUAAUGCUUGAUCCUCCUCAUCAAAAGAAAGUAAAGUGGAGUGGUAUGGCAUUUGAGAAGAUGAAUAAUCUUAGAAUUCUUGUUGUUCGAAAUGUCCAAUUUUCAACCGCCCCUGCCUAUCUUCCCAACAGUUUAAGAUGGCUUGAAUGGGAGGGAUAUCCUUCUACAACUUUGCCAAGAGAUUUUUCUCCGUCGGAACUAAUGUGUUUGAAGCUAACUAAAAGUCCUUUUAGACUAAAAGGGCCAUUAAAGAUUUUUACCAGCCAUGUGACACAAUUGGAUUUUUCAUUUUGUGAAUUCAUAACUGAAUUACCUGAUAUGUCUCAAUGUCAAUGUUUACGAAGACUGGAUUUACGAUACUGUGACAAUCUGAUAAAAGUUCAUGAUUCGUUGGGAUCCCUCUCUAAGCUGAUCAAAGUAGACUUUAGAGGAUGCACCAAACUUUCCAUUUUUCCGCGUGAAAUCAAGAUGGCAUCACUAAAAACGCUUUUUCUUGAAGGAUGCACGAGUCUUGAGCACUUCCCACAUGUAGUGGGAAAGAUGGAUGCACUAGACUUCAUUUCAAUAGAGGGCACUGCUAUUAAGGAGCUCCCACCUUCAAUUGGGAAUCUCUCAGGUCUUCAAGAGUUAUUUAUGCGCAGCUGCUAUGGUCUUAGAGAACUUCCAACCAGCUUAUUCAUGUUGCCAAAUCUUGAGACGUUUGGUUUAGAUAGCCCUCAUCCUUAUUACGGCAGAAAGUAUUGGAUGAAGUUAAUGCAAGAUAUCCAACCAAUUAUCAGCAGCUGUUAUAUGAAGAGUUUGAGUCUCGAGGAUUUGGGGCUGUUGGAUGAAGAUCUUCACCUAAUUCUGAAUAAUUUUCGAAACUUGGGACAGUUAGAUCUAUCAAGGAAUGAUUUCGUCUCUCUCCCUAAAUGCAUUAAGGAGUGUACGAAUCUAUGGAGGCUAGCAGUGAAUGAUUGCAAGAGGCUAAGAGACAUACCAGAGUUGCCAUCAAAAUCGUAUAUGAUAGAAGCACGGAAUUGCACAUCAUUAACUGCAGAAUCAUUGGACAACUUAUAUUCUCAGGCCAAAAAGGAGUUAAUUAUGUUGAGGAUGAGUCUGCCGGCGGUAACAACAUUUCCUGAUUGGUUCCACUGUUGGAGUGAAGGAGGCACGUUGUCUUUUCGCGUUCGUGGGAAUUUUCCUUCUUUUCUUCUUGCAUUUGAGCUUGCGGGGAAAGCGAACAUGAGUAGGAAACAGGACUUCCCCAUUUUUAUCAAUGGCGGAUUUUUCCAGUUCAGGGAAGAAGAGAGAAAGCGCCUCAACAACUUUAUAGGGUCUGAUUGGAAUGACGUGGAAAUACAACCUAUGACUGACUCACCGGGUACAUCCGUAGUUAAGUGUGGAGUUUAUUUCUACAAGGAAACAAACAUGGAGAAUGUGCAGUUCAAGUCUUCUCAUGCUUCAACAGCAUCACUGAAACAAAGAGCGAUGAUUUCUCUUCCUAAUUUUGAACCACCCAAGAAGCUCCUGAGAACUGAUCAAAAAAGGAAAACUCAGUAA